UAUGUGCGUUUUGCUUUUGAUAUCCUCAACCGUUAAUUCAAUUCAAUGCUCUAGAAAGUGAAAAUGGUGAUACUAACGACUAAAACCCUCCAUUUCAAUCCGAUACUUCAGUUGAAAACCCCUCUCGGAUUUCGCCCCAAAUUCGCAUCAAUCUCCGCUCGGUUGGACAAUCCCCAGCAACGAUUGAAUCUCUCUGUUCUUAGAUUCACUCUGGGUAUACCUGGAUUGGACGAAUCCUAUUUACCUAGAUGGAUCGGGUACGGGUUCGGUUCCCUUCUCAUUUUGAACCACUUGUUUGGAUCCGACUCCGUCACCGCGGCGCAGCUGAGAUCGGAGGCUUUAGGUAUUUCAUUGGCUGCAUUUUCCGUUACACUUCCUUACCUUGGUAAAUUUCUCAAGGGUGCAACUCCAAUAGAUCAAACGACUCUGCCAGAAGGUGCUGAGCAAAUCUUUGUCAUGUCACAAAAUGUGUCGGUUGCUCAGAAGGAAGAUUUGGCUUGGGCAACAUAUGUUUUAUUGCGAAAUACGAACACCACCUCCGUGUUGAUAUUAGCUCGAGGUGAAUUAUGUGUACGUGGAUAUUGGAAUGUGCCAGAUGUUGUACCAAAAGAUAAUGUACUGGAUUGGUUUAAAAGUAACAUAGAAGAAACUGGCCUGUCUGAUUUGACGGACACCCUCUAUUUUCCUCAAACUGGAGAUGCUGAAUUCUGGAAGAUGCUUCCCCAGGGGACCCGUUCUGCCUUGGUACAACCAGUGCUACUAGACCCAAACCUAAGCAACAAUGAGAUGGGAAGCAUUGAAGGUUUUGUCCUGCUGGCUUCGAGCAUGAGAUAUGCAUAUAGCGAUAAAGAUAGAGCCUGGAUAAGAGCAGUUUCAAACAAACUUAGAAGAGCCUCUGCAUCUAGGGACUGAUAAUUCAUCUAAAAGAGCCAGAUUAUGCAGAAAUGGAAAUAAAGCUUGUCAAAUUGUGUAUUUAUGUAGAGGCUCCUGUCCUUUGACCUUUCCAGUGUAUUUAGGAGCAAUGUUAUCUAGCCUAAAAAAUUGUCAAGUGGCAAAUAUAAGCUUCAUUUGCAAGAAACUGAAAUAUAUGUUGUAUCCUCAUCAUUUAAGGAUUUGUAUGAAUAUCAUUGAAUCCAAUAAAGUUGUAUUGAUCGGUAAGGUGAUACAAGCAAUAAUAAUUUGCAUACUCUUUGGUAUUGGAAUUGUAAAUACAUGGUUAUUGGGCCAAUGGAACUUUCUUGCUUGAAACUUAAGAUCGUUUUUAACUCCAUAACUAACGGUCAUAUCCCCUUUUUUCCCUCCAUAUUUGACGGUUUCAUUGG